GCCCACAAUACCACACCAGUAUACUUUAUCGAUUUUCUAUACAUUUUGACAGCAAAAGUCCCACUUCACUGGUCCCACUCUCUCUCUCUCUCUCUCUCUCUCUCUCUAUCUAUCUAUGCUCGCAACUUCAAAGCAGCCUAGAUAACCACUGGCUAUUUGCCAAUGAAUUUAUUGCAGCUUUCUCAGCUUAUUUGAAUUUUUACUUCAAAUUUUCAGUUCCAAGAUCUAAUUUUUAUCUCAGUUACUUUGUUUGUUCUCUUCAAAGGAAGAGAGCUCCAAGUAGAGAUCUACUGGAUAUGUUUCGCCUUCUGCUCUUCUUCAUAGUCAUCUUGCUGUUAGGGCUCGGGUUGAAUGGUGCAAAUAAUCAAAGGAUUUUGACUUCAGAAUCUGCUGCUGAUAGAGAUGCUGGGGAUGUAUCGUCUAGCACAGUCAAAAUGAGUACCGUGAGUCAUGCCGUUGCAGUGGGAGGGAUUGGCGCGAACUGGGGCUCACAAUCAUCUCACCGGUUGAGACCGGAGAUAGUAGUGAGGAUGCUAAGGGAGAAUGGGAUUCAGAAGGUAAAGCUCUUCGAUGCUGAUUAUGAUACACUACGAGCUUUAGGCAGGUCCGGUAUUCAGGUUAUGGUUGGCAUUCCGAAUGACAUGCUUUCCGAUUUAGCCAGUAGUUCGAAGGCUGCUGAUAAAUGGGUAUCGGAGAAUGUCACCCAUCAUAUCACCGCCAACAAUGUCAUGAUCAGGUAUGUGGCUGUUGGAAACGAACCUUUCUUGCAGACGUACAAUGGUAGCUUUCUCAGAACGAUGUACCCGGCUCUCAAAAACAUCCAAGACGCCCUCACGAAGGCCAAGCUUCACGACCAAGUGAAGAUCACUUGUCCAAACAAUGCUGAUGUCUACUCGACCGAGAGUGGCUUGCCAUCGGGAGGGGAUUUCCGAGCUGAUAUCCAUGAUUACAUGAUGCCGAUUGUGAAGCUGCUGAACGACAACGGAGCCCCAUUUACAGUCAACAUAUACCCAUUCAUAAGCCUCUACACAGAACCCACCUUCCCCGCUGAAUACGCCUUCUUCGAUGGGGAUGCAACGCCACUCAACGACGGUGGGAUGACCUACAACAACAUGUUUGAUGCCAACCACGAUACUCUCGUGUGGGCAUUACAGAAGAACGGGUUUCCCAACAUGCCUAUCAUACUUGGCGAGAUCGGCUGGCCCACAGACGGCGAUAGGAAUGCCAACCUACAGUACGCGCAGCGAUUCAACCAAGGCUUCAUGACUCGUAUGUCUGCCGGGAAAGGAACCCCGAUGAGGUCCGGUCCAAUCGAUGCUUACCUUUUCAGCUUGAUCGACGAGGACGUGAAGAGCAUCCAACCAGGAAACUUUGAGCGCCACUGGGGGAUCUUCAGGUACGACGGGCAACCCAAAUACCCUCUCAACCUUGGCACCAUAAACUCGAAUUCUCUCAUCCCUGCAAGAAAUGUGAGCUACUUGGAGCCGAAAUGGUGCAUCAUGAAGCCAAAUGCGAGGCUCGAUGAUCCUAAGGUUGCGGAGAGCGUGAGCUACGCCUGCAGCCUAGGCGACUGCACAUGCCUCGGAUACCAGACGUCGUGUGGCGGCUUGGAUGUGCGGGAGAAUAUAUCGUUCGCUUUCAACAGCUAUUACCAGAUAAACAAUCAGGCUGCUGAAGCUUGCAACUUCAAUGGCCUCGGGACAGUGACGAGAGCCGAUCCCUCCAUCGGAAACUGCAGGUUUAAUAUUAUGAUCGAGCAAUACUAUGCUGCUGCAGCAACACUCGAAGGAUCUUUCAUCAGGACAUUCUUGGCUGUGACCCUUAUUUUCUUGAAUGGUUUGUGAUUUUUGAUCAAGAUUUGUCUUCAUUUUAUUUUUUCUUUAAUGUAGACGAGUUUUAGGGAUUGACAUUUGCUGGAAUAUUUGCAAGAUUGAGCGAUCCUCCAAAAUGCUUCAUGCCUUAUUAAUGGAAAUCUGGAAUUGUUCA